AUGCGAUUUCUUGACGCCCCUGCCUUGACGCGCCUUUCGGCGCUUCUGCAGCAUCUAGACGUGGGCGACCGCGUGAUUCGCGGGCGACUGGAGCUGCUCUCGACUGCGAACCAGUCGUGCGUGGAGCGGCGGAUAUUGGCGCGCGAGAUUGAGAAGGAGCUUUCCUCCUCGCCGCUCUUCCUCGCGUCCUCGUCGCCGCCUCCAAUCGUCCUGUCGUCGCCGCGGUGGACGUUCGGCGCGGAGACACUCGCCGCAGGCGCGGACGCCCGGGGCUCAGAGGCGGAGGCAGACGCCCAGGGCGAGGGCGACGCUCCGCUGAGUCCCAAUUCGCGCAAGAAGCGGAAGACCCGUGGCAGCAGCGGGUCGCCGAACUCGACGUUCUCCUCGCCCGUGCUUUCCUGCUUCCUGCUCCCGCCGCGGAGCGGCAGUCGCGAACCAGGCGCUCCCGCGGCGAUGAGCCGCCUGAGCCUGGAGCGGCGCGCCGAAGAUGACGAGAAAGACAAGCGGAAGAAAGACGAAGACGAGGAGCGGACGACGUCGACCAGCAGCGGCAGCGACCUCGACGGCCGGCGGCGGAGUUCGCGGCAGAAGGACCGAGCCGCAGAGGGCAAGGUAAGCAGGAGAGAGCGGAAAGGCAGCGGCGAGAGUAACGGAGAGGGCGGCCGCGGGAGGGGCGGCCGCGGCAGCUUCCAAGAGUUGGGCAGAGCAGAGGAAGGAGACGUGCGCGCCCGCGCGAAGGACAACUCGGAGGCGGACGACGAACAAAGCAUGCGCGAGGAAGAAGCCGAGGGCAAGGAAGUCCUCGUCAACCUCAUUGGCACGCUCAAUCAGUGCUUCCCCGACUACGAAUUCUGUAGCGCGUUGACUCCCGCAAUGUUUGAACAAGCGGCUCGAGUUGAGGACGCCCAGGCAGAAAUCAACAGAAGACUCUGCGUAGUUGAGCGCGUCGUCCCUGGCUUCCUUCAACAGCUGUGGACCGCCAUCAAGGAAAGCAUCCGCCUGGAGUGCACAGACAUUUACUUUCUCCGCGUUCGCAGCAGCGACGAUCCGGCGCCUUUGGUGCUGUAUGACCCGCGCACAUCUUCGGCGUGCUCCUCUCGCCUGGCGUCCUUUUCUGCUUCGUUUCCUGCGUCGCCGCCAACCGCUCAGCCUGCGAGUGCCCCUGGCGUCUGCGGCAGAGGCUCCGCAGGCGCGGACGAGGCGCGCGACGCGACGGUGGCGAGCGCCGGCGCCGCGGAGAAGACUGAGAAGCGCGGCGAGGGCGCCGAAGAGAAACGCGGACGCAGAAGGGAGCCGUUCCCGGUGAUGCACAGAGGUGGUCAUCGCGGGAAACUGAGCCGCAGACUGCCCCUGGCGUGCUUUGAGAAGUCGGCGGAGGGCGGGGGGCGUGCCGAGCGCGCGACGACGGCCGGUGGCGGACAGUCUUCUGCCGACUGGAAUACAUCCAACAGCAUCUCCCUCUUCUCGCUCUCAUUCUUCUUCCACGACCGCAGUGAAGAAAAACUCCUCUUCUUCACCUGCAACUGCACGUGUAAAGCCGGUGGCGCCGAGGACGGAAUCGCCGGGCUCGAAGAAGAGGAAGAAGACGACAUCGGAGACUUUUACGUGACGCGGGCUGCGUUCGGCGUGGACGACCAGGCGUGCGGGAGUGGCGGUCAGGGUGGUGAAGAGCGAGACGCGCUAGGAGAUGACGAAGACCCUGACACUCUCAGCGAUUUCGAGCUGCCUUCUUCAGCCUGCGCGUUCGCCUGA